CCUCACCUCACCACCACCUCACCACCACCAAACCCUGAGUCAUCCGGCCUCUCUCCCCAAUCUUCCAUCACCGCUACAACUAAUAAAAGCUUAGGUAGAUAGGCACGGAAUAUCAGCAUCAACCAGUGGAAUAAGCGAACUCCGAGCCCAUCAUCACUCACACCUCUUCAGCCUUAUCCCAAACCCCUUCAAGUAUAGCUUCUACCUUUCGCGCAUCCAAGUUCCAACACAUGCAAAGCGUGUACGCGGCCGGUGUUCUGACAGUUCUACCUAUUUUUUUUCUCCAAAAAAAGAUAAUAAUAAAAAUACGAAGUCAUACAAGUAAAAUUUGAUAUGCAUUCUAAAUAUGCACGCAUGGUUUGCUUGUUAGUUAGUUGGUAAGCAUACAUACCAUACUCCAUAUCCAUAUACCGUACCUUACCUAUUUCUUUUUCUUUUCUUUUCUUUUCUUUUCUAGGCCAAGCUGGGGUAAAACAAGGCGGCAAGCAUGGGAUAUCAGACUUUUCUCUCUCUGAUACCUUGCUCAGAAUUGCUUAGUUGCUUCGCGGGCGGAGUCUGCAUGCGAUGACUUGAGAUGAAAUGGGACAUGGUUGAGACUUUAAAUUCUAGAUUCUGCAUUCUCGAUUUGUGAUGACCGUUUUGCCUUUUCUGGAUUCGAGUUGUUGAAGUGGAGGUACAUGGACCGACAGGUGUCAUAUUUUUUUAAAGAGUAUGGGGUUGUGAUGGAUUUGGUUGGGUUGGAUAUGUAUAUAGAGGGGGAGAUGCCUCGAUUGUGAAGGCUUUUUUAUUCUCCUCAUCAUCAUCAUCAUCAUCAUCAUCAUCAUCACCACUAUCAACAAUCAGAUAUAAGAAGAUAUCAACACACAUAAAAGCAACACUACUGCUUCGACAUCAAAUUCAUUUUUCAAAGUCAAAAUUCUAUCAUCACCAACAUCUCAAAUAACAUCAACAGUCCAUCUAUAAAAAUGCCUGCCGGAUUCCCCGCCUACCCAGCUACCCGUUUUCCAAACGAGAAACCUCCAACGCUUUUCCAUCCCUCCUCUCCCAAAUCCCAAAAAGCAACACCAGUCUCCUACUCCACCUCUAGAUCCUACACUGCUACAUCUUCCUCCUCUCCAAAAGACUCAAUGGAUACCACUGCCACAUACACUCCCGCAAACGAUACCUCUUCAAUGUACAGCACCACUUCCACCAUUUCACUUUUGAAGCAUCCACUCAGUACAAUCAAAGAAAAGUUUUCGUAUAAGGAGCAUUCGAAGAGGGAAGCAACCAAGUCAAACGAGAAGACCUUGAUUGAUUCCUCGACACCGAGUAAGAAGACACCGAGACAAUCACUCACGGAGACAUAUAUGAUCAUGGCUAUGAAGUAAUCAUAGCCAGUGUUCAAUUUGUCUGUUUGUUUGAAUGGUGUUUGACCGCGGACCCUUGAAAUUUGGGUAUUUUACGACCAUGCUGUGAUAUUACAUAUCCUUCGGCAUGGGUUUCGGUGGAGUUUUUAUAUAUAGAUCAUUGGCAACAUACCGGUAGUGUCUGGAUCA